AUGUCUAGAAGUGCAACGGUCGUCAAAACGAAUGAGCCCAUUACAUUCCCUGUCUUGACCUAUUCCGACGCUUUACCCAGAAAUGACCUGCGCCCCAUCAUGAACAACCCUCUUUCACAAAAUCACUAUAACUUCUUUCCCCAGCCCGGUGCAGGCGAUGGAAAAGGCCCGUCCCCAAAUACAGUCUCCAAGUUCGACUUCCGACUGACAGUACCGCCUGAUGAAGCCAUCCCUGCUACCAGGCGGAAGCACAACCGCAGCCCGCUAGGGCAGCACACCAUUGGCGUGGCACUAGGAAGCCCAGAUAUAGCCAACCCGUCAGCAGCGAGAUUUAGAACGUCUAUCUCCACGCAUCGACCGCCCAAGGCAAGCAAGUGGAAGAAGAUUGGCGGAUUAUUCAAAGCAAAGAAUGGAUUCCAAGCAGGCGCUCAACGCCCGCCAUCAAUCCGUACAAAGCAAGUCGAAGAAAACAGAGCGCUUAGCAAGCCAUUGCAGAGGAAAGUCUCGACGGCGAAAACUGAUGCUAGCGCUCACGCUGCAGCAAGCAAAGGAGCCCCAAAGCGCAGUGGCACCCGGUCACGAAAGGUCUCGCUGUCAAAAAAGCCCAAGGGGAAUGCAUCCGAUGAAAUUCCUCUCUUACAAAGCCCGCUCCUGCAGGUUGAUAUUCCAGAUACUCAGAUGGAGCGGUAUAGCGUCAUGUUUGAGAACGUUAUCCCCAAGAACAAUACUCCUCUGCUGGCCAGGAGAAGCAAGACCCUCGGCAAUCUGAAAGUGCCAAAUGCUCAGCAAUUUAUCGCAACAAACAACCCACCACGCCGCCGCGCAACGUCCCCAGCACGAACCAACUUCAGCUUAUUCCCAACAUCCCAACCAGCAAAGGCAGCACAGGUCCUGGGAAUGCACAACUACUCCCGCAAGCCAAGUCCACUGAAGCAGUCAAGCAUUUUCCAACGAAAGUCAUCAUCACAAGCAUCCACCGACGGCCCACAAUCAAUUCUAGAAUCCCUCCUAGACAAGCAAAGCGCGACAUUCUUCGAAUCACCCACAAUGUCCAACCCCUUCUCAGACCAACAACGAAUAAACACCCCCCAAUCAUCACGAAUACACACCCCAAACUCAAUAUCCUCAAAAGACAAACCCCUCCCCGCAAUCCGCGGCCAGCCAAUCACGAUCAUGAAAGCAUCUUCACGACACCAAGUAAAUCCAGUAGUCCAAUGGGAGAAAGACUACCGGCACAAUCACGCUCGGAACCCCCAGAAUCAAUUCCUCUCACCACCAGCACCACCAGCACCCAUUAAAGACAGCACCCCACCAAGCGCAUCCUCCCUCCCCCUCCCCGGGGAGAUCUCAACAGGACCAUUCUUCCGCACGAUGUCCGCAGAGCUAGUCACAAUAGGCCUAGGCUCUAACAAGCCAACCUCGAGCACAAAGCCCGUUGAGAAAGAAGCCAAGAAGCAGCAAAUCCCCGCCAUCUCACUCUCGCGAUCAUUGUCCAUACGUGCAGAGCAGAUGGCCGUUGCGCGAUCCCUUUCCGUGCGCGGUGCGAGAAAGGUUCUUAUUCCUGUCGGCGCUAAAGUCGAUCAUAUUACUGGUGAUGAACGAUUCGUUGAACGGAGGGCCCAUACGCCGCAGAUUACAGAUGGUCGAUAUCGACGGCAGCUUGCUAUGUCGCAGGAAUUGUUGAUCGAGUCCAUUUGA